AUGAACGACGCCAGAAAAAUUCCAGCGGUGAUGCGUCAGUCCCUGGUGCCGCUGUGCUUCGUGCUGCCGGCCCAGUACCAGCAGUUCCUGAACGUGGCCGACGCCCUGGGCUUCUCCGCCCAGUGGCUGCUCACGCCCCUGGCGCCGGGGGGCAAGGACGGGGGCCCCGAGGCCGUCGACAUGUUCAGUCCCCUGGGAAGGGCCCGCAUACAGCAGGCGUCCACGAAGCGCGCGGUGGUGCAGCAGGCGCUGCCGAGCCCCCUGCUGGUUCACGGCCAGCCCGUGAACGUCCGGGUCUUCGUGCUGGUCACGUCCCUGUCCCCGCUCAGGGCCUACGUGCACGCCGAGGGAAUGGUCCGCCUGCGCAGCUACCGCCUCGUGUCCGCCGCCAGGCCGAGCAUGCGCGUCCAGCCCCUGUCCCGCUUCUGGAGGUUCGUGGAGCGCAACUACGGAGCGCAGUCGCUCCAGACGGCGCUCGAGGGACUCUCCGACGUGCUCGUACGAACGCUCCUGGUCGCCGAAGCCGUGCUCCACUCGGCGCCAUCAUCACAAGCGAUCAGGAAGAUGAGAUGUCCCAAGUGCUUCCAGCUCCUUGGCGUGGACCUGACCUUCAACACGUCCUUCUACCCGAUGGUGACCGACGUGAACGGCCAGCCCAGCUUCUACCAGAGCCCCAAGCUCGAGGACGAGCCCAUCAACGGACUCAAGCACCGCGUGCUUCGGGACACGGCACGACUCCUGUUCGGCGUGCGCUCCGUGGCAGACGAAGUGGCUCAGGCGGUUCAGGAAGCCUUCGAGAACCUCGGCAUCAUGGGUCUAAGCUGCCAGAUAUCUCACGACUUGUGCCUUAGCCGUGAAGACCUCGUCUUUCUUCUGGACACCCGUCGCGAGUCCAUACAGACGGGUGGAUUCCAACAGUUGUACCCGAACUCAAAGAGCGGCCAGUACAAAACCUUCAUCGACGAACUGGAGCAACUUCUCAUGGGAAGCUUUGACGUACGCAGCGGGACCGAGGAUGUUCAAAGCAGUACCAGCCAGCACCGCACAGCCGACAUGCACCCGGUGGUGGUCGCCUUGCAGCGCUACUUCAACAGGCGCCUGGGAGACGACAGUUACUCAGACCUCGAGUCGGAGCCUAGCGACACCUGGAAAGGGACCAACACAUCUCUGCAUUCGAACGAUAGGCAGGACGAAGACAUUUUUGGCGGCAACCAAGACCUUUACGCUUGGAGCCGACCAAGCGUCACGGAUGUCACUUGCAGCAACGAGCCGUCCACGAUGCCGUACCUGUCGCACAUCGUGACCGAGCCCGCGGUGCGACUGCAGCCGGCCUUCAACCCCCAGCGGAGCGAGUACUGGGCCAACGUCUCGUACGACCUGGUGCUCCUCAAGGUCUGGGGACUCGCGCUCCACUGCGGAUCCGAGGUCCGCGUCGACGACAAGUACGCGCCUCCCAGGCCUGCCAACUACACACUGGGCGUCGGCGAGAACAAGCUGGUGCUGUACGUGAUGGACGGGGGUCAGCCGGACCCCUGGGUGGUCAACACCUAUACACUCGUCAUCCGAAGGCUCCCCGUCACGGACGAAAGGAUGGUGUUCAGCCCGGCCGCAACGCACCAAGUGUGCAGUUUGAAGCAGGAGUGCGAGAUGCAAGUGGCGCCGAGCGAACCGUGCGGCUUGUACAGCGAGGUGUCCUCAGACUGGCCGAGCUACCUGGAGAAGACGGCGCAGCUGUCCGUGUGCACGGACGGCAGCUCUCAAGGCCGCUGGAUCCUGCCCUGCGAGAAGUGUUCGAACAAGGACUCCUGCUUCUGGAGGGAGGCGCGAUGGCAACCCUACCACUGCCGCUACGUGCACCUGCCACAGAGGACACUGUCCCGAUGCAUGUCGGGGAAAAAGUUGCUGUUCAUCGGGGACUCGACGAACCGGGGCAUGAUGCACUACGUGAUGGAGCGCCUGAACGGCAGCCUGCAGCACUGGGACAAGACGCACGACAUUCGCCUCUACGGCAACCUGAACCGCGGGGAGACGACGGCUUCGUUCGCCUACUACCCCCAGUUCUGGCUGCCCACCAGCCAGAGGCCCGUCUUCGACAAGGCCGUCUACCAGCUCAUCGAGAGAUCGAGGCCUUUACAGAACAACUCCAACACAAUCCUCAUUGUGGGUGGGGUCCAUUGGCUGGCAACACAACAUCUACACAUGCUAGUAAAAGCACUCAGAAGUGACAAUCUUCAGGGAAUCAGGCUUAUCAUCAAAACAUUGGGUGCUGGAUUUCAUCAGCCAGUAGAAGGAAUCCACUGCCUGAACAUGAAUGAGCAAAAGAAGCUAAUGAUGCAAAACCUGUGGCUUUCGGAAUUUGCCCGCCACUACAACUUCGACGUCAUCGACACGUUCAACAUCACCGUGGCCCGGUACAAGGACUUCCUCCAGGGAAAAUGCGCCUGUCACUUCCACAAGGUCGUCCCACUGCCGACGCCCAAACAUCGACCCCCGGGGCGACCGCCGCCUCAACCUUCGUUUCACGUGGAGGGGGAGAUCAACGCCAUCUACAGUGAAAUCUUGCUCAACCGCAUCUGUUCCGAGCACGCGUACGACAGCUGAUGAACGUCCAACACUCCCUGGACAAUGGUGCAGCGAUGGGGACGUUCAGCCGAAAUGCCUCUUUCUUAGAAAUACCCGAGCCCGAAACCAUUGCGUUGUGCAAUGAACACGCAAGCCAAAGUACAUUUGCAUUGUUUCAUCGAGUCUAGUCCUUCUAUGAUU